AUGACCGACAAGACGGCGGCGCUGUCCACGCAGUCCGCGGCUCCUAGUCAGACUUCGCCUCCUGCACAGCCAGGCGCGACGCCCAAGAGCGACGUCGCCCGAAAGGUCGAGACGGCGGAGGAAGAGCCAUACACGAUCAAGUGUAUUUGCAACUUCACUGACGAUGAUGGAAACACAAUCUACUGCGAGACGUGUGACACGUGGCAACACAUCGACUGCUUCUACCCUAACAAUAGAGAGGAGGCGAUCCGUGAGGACUUUGACCACUCCUGUGCAGAAUGCAAACCUCGUCCUCUCGAUCGCCAAAAAGCUAUUGAGCGCACAACCCGUCUCAAGAACGGGGCCCCCGAAGACCAGCCUGCGGACAAGAAGACGAAGCGGCCCCCCUCCAAGGGCCACAAGAAGCGGGCCAAACCCAACGACUUGCAAAUAAACGGCCAUGCUGGACCACAAGAAAAUGGAAAGCAUGGCCAUUCCGCAGACCAUCCUCCUCCUCCGAAAAAGGCAAAAUCUUCCCAUCGAUCCUCUCAAUCCGUCAGCUCCCAGGCUCCUAAACGAAGCCCCUCCUACGGGAACGCGCGAUCAAAUCCUGCUCAUCCUCCCAGCCCUGCAACCACCCCACCCGACCUUCCCGAAGAUUUUCAGAUCCACCACUAUUCACAAGGAUUCUACGACUUGUACAAUGCAAGGGAUGUCCCAGACUCCCACAAUAAUGCGUUUGCCAGUCUGGCCAUCCCCACAGCUCUGUCCCGUUGGCUCCGCGAGCCCGACACCAUGAGAAAUGAGGUUGGCAGGCGUCAUUCCGAGGUGUUCCAAAAGACACCGGCAAACCUGGAAGCCAAAAAGCCCAAACUCGACGUCAGGGAUGCCACGCGAACACUCGAUGAUGGCAAAUCUCUGCGGUGGAGGUUUCUCAACUCUGCUACACCCAUCGAUAAGGACGUACCCCUCGUCGAGUUGAAUGGAGCGAUUGGCUUCCAAAAAGACUACUGUGCCGACCCAGCAAAUCUCUGGGCCGACCUCUCCUCUCCUCUUCCCUUUGUUUUCUUCCAUCCUGUUCUCCCCCUAUAUAUCGACACAAGACAGGAGGGGUCACUCGCUCGCUAUGUCCGCCGAAGCUGCAAACCUAACUCACAGCUCGACACCUACCUUUCCGACGAGAGCGAAUACCAUUUCUGGAUUGUAAGUGAUAGGUACAUUUCGGCUGGCGAGCAGAUCACUCUCCCCUGGGACUUCCGACUGGAAAAGAGUGUUGAUGCUCGCUGGCUUCAUCUUCUUGGUCUCAGCGACGACGAAUCACCCAGCAACGGCGAAACUCCAGUGGACGAAACCGAGUACAUGGCAAUAUCGAAUUGGAUCGACCGUAUACUGUCCGAGUAUGGUGGUUGUGCCUGCGAUCUGGACAACAACUGUGCCUUUGCACGAUUCCAUCGACAGUAUCUCUUUGGACAAACCCAAGCGCGUCCUGCAAAGAAGAAGCAACGGAAAUCCAAGGCGCAAGCCAUCUCACCAACCAGCACAGGACCGGCUCCCAACAGCCGGGCCACGAGUGAAGGUCAGGUUGACGAUGGGGCAGAUCACGAUAACAGGUCUCAAUCGGGCUCCUCGCGUAGCAAGCCUCCAAGCCGCGAUCGAACUCCCCUUCGACAAGGUUCUUUGGAUAAGCCUAACAUCCUAACCGAGCAGACGGACCGGGAUAAGCGAAAGCUUGCUGCAGUCGAGUCCACAUUCCGUCGUUUGGAACAGGAACAGCAACAACCAGCAAGGAAGAAGAAGCGCGUCUCCGACGGUACCGCAUCGAACUCGUCAAAAUCAAAAGCCCGCCAUGGUUCAACGGCAUCACACAAGACCUAUGUCGAUUCUGGGACAUGCAGGAGCAAGUCUUGCUCGCCCGCAAGUUCUCAUUCUCCUCGAACCACCCACAAGGCCUCGGUUACGACCCAAGCAUCUUCCAUCAGCCGUUCCCGUCAGUCAUCUGCCACGCUAAGAGCGGUGUACUGCGACGCUGCUGUGCAAACCGAUCCGGUCGAGGGCGAGUGGUACAGCGAGCCCAACCGAUCUCCCCGGCCAAAGAAGCGCAUCAUUUCGCUCUCUAAGCGGUUGCUGAACAAUCGCCAAAGAGCACGAAGUGAUGAAGAAGAGCGCCGCAGACUAUCCCUAACUACGCAAACGUCGAAUGGGACCGCAAUGGAAGUCGACUCGCCUAUAAUGGAGCAUACUCCUGUGAUUAAGCGAUCAGAAUCCGAACUGCCGUCACCCCGUUCACAGGCUGGAGACUUGCCCAUGCCUGAUGCUUCUUCAGCAAACACAACACCUGUUCUCGGAUCUGCCGCGAGCGACACGUCGACAAAGACAAAAACUCCCGAUCUUCGUGUCCAGCUGCCUCCAGUACCUGCUUUUGAUAGCACCGGUCUUGGGAUCCAGCAUGCGACAACUCCACAGUCCGCUGGGUUGGUUCAGUCUCCUCUUAUGGGCACCCUGCCAAGUCCGUUCGCCCCUCCAGCGGUCAACGGCAUUGCAGCUCAUCCCAGCCCUAUCAAGAAGAAACUCAGUCUGAGCGACUACACCAAGAGCCGGAUGAACAAGGCAGGAAAAACUGCCGGGGGCAAUACGCUCCACAAGCCUUCCAUUUCGAGUCCGGAAGACACAAAAGUCGACAUCAUUCUCGAGUCCCCCUCGGCCGAGAAGACUGCGGAGAACCUGGCAUCUACAGUACCAGCUGUCGCGACCAACGGUUCCCUGUAA